CGCAAUGUUUUUAGAAAUGUCACACGUAUGAUUGUUUAUCCGCCAUUUUGUUUUACUGCCGUACGCGCAGUUUUCAGUGCGUUGCUCGAGGAAUGUGAAAAUCGACUUAUCAGAGUAGUACCGUGAUGGAAAUCCGUGACAAGUUAUAUCUGACCCAACUUUCCUGACUUUUGAGGCCAAAUGGCGAUUACCAAAUAAAACGGACGAUUUUCGCUUGGUUCAUCACGAUGUCAGGACAGAGUGGUGGACUUCGAGUGCGUUUAUCCAAGCUUAAUGAACAAUUGACAUGUAGACUAUGUAGUGGUUAUUUUAUCGACGCCACUACUAUUAUAGAAUGUUUACACUCAUUUUGUAGAAGUUGCAUUGUCAAAUAUUUGGAAAACAACAAGUAUUGUCCAAUAUGUGAGGUACAAGUUCAUAAGAGCAGGCCAUUAUUAAAUAUACGUCCUGAUCAUACAUUACAAGAUAUUGUAUAUAAACUCGUACCUGGAUGUUACCAAAACGAAAUGCGAUGUCGAAGAGAAUUUUAUGCGAAGCAUCCAGAAGUACGUAAUCAAGUGACAUCUCCAGAAGCGCGUGGAGAACCAGUAGAAUCGCACAUAUAUUCUCCAGAUGAAUCUCUCAGUCUGUCCUUGGAAUACUUUAAUCCUCACGCACAGGAUUUAAAUGAAACUAAUACUAUUAAGGACAUGACUCAAAAACCACUUCUGAAACGAUACUUGCGAUGUCCCGCAGCAGUGACAGUAUUCCAUUUACAAAAAUUAAUCAGAGCCAAAUAUGGCCUUAGUGAUGCACACCGAGUUGAUAUAAUGUACAAAGAGGAGCCCUUAUGCAGUAGUUAUACCUUAAUGGAUGUAAUGUACAUUUAUCAUUGGAGGCGGAAAGUUCCACUGCAUCUAAGCUACAGGAUAUUCGAAUCUUCUUCAAAACGCAUAAAAUUGUCGGAGGACAAUAUCAACUAUAAAACAUCGCUAACAAACGCUGGGAUUCAUUCUGCUGAAAUAAAAGAUGAAAAGUCGAUAAAACGCGAGUGGAAAGAAGUGCAGUUGAAAAUAUCGGAAACAGGCGUGAUGAGUAUAACCGAUAUAUCGAAUACGGUACUCAAAAAAGACGCAGGAGCGGAGAAUCUGCAAGAUCAGAAAAUCUCAGAUGAGACCGUCACUACGAUUACAGCGGUGAACCAAGCAGAUUCACUGAUGGAAAAUUGCGAUGUAUCUAAAUCUUGUAUAGAUACAAUGCAACCCAUUGUGGUUAUCGAGACACAGAUAACGAAGAACGCGAAUCUCCCAGAUUCGAGCAAUGCUUCUUCCGUCACGGGUGAUGCUAAGUCUACAGACGAGAAUUCAUCUAUCAAGAACUGCACACCUGCUCAGCACAAUGGGAGUGCGACAACAAGACAGAUAAGUGAGACGGAGAAUCGCACCACUCCAGUGCAACAAGACACACGAGAGGCAAAAGAUUAUAAUCAAACUAGUAACACUGAGGACAAAUCGAUUUCGCAAGGCCAGAAGGGUGCCGGUCAAGCGGUAACGCAAUGUACGGAAGAGAGCGCACCUGUUGCUGAGAAUACUACAGGGAUGGAUACGCGAACGAAGAAGUCGAUAAAUAAUAAUAACAAUAGUACAGACUUAAGGACUGAGGCUCAGAAGGAAUGCAUGAAAAACGAAGGAAAAGUGGGAAACGCGGGAUCAAAGAUCGACGCGUUGAGCGCAAAAUUGCAAUUUCAACCGAAGAUGGGUCCAGUCAAUAAUACUUAUUCCAAGAAAGCACCAAAGGAUAAACGAGCGAUUGUUCAGCCCGCGAGGAAGUCGGACGUAAAGUCACCAACGGAAGAUACGAAAGUCAACGACGAGAAAACGCGAACGAAUUGCGGAAACACAGCGACCAAAGUGUCAGUCUCGUGCUCCACAGCAGUCUCUUCGCAGAAACCGACCGUAUCGACCGCGGCGAUGUCUCAGAAUACUUCGGCAGUGGACUCCACGCAAGUUUCUGGCAGACCGGAGACCCUCCACGAAAAGAAUAAUCAGAACGCAAGCAUUGACGUACAGCAGGCCUUAAAUUUAUUGGAGCAGAAAAAUUCACCUAUGCAAGCGCAGGCAGCGGAAUCCGUCUCGAAAACGAGUCACAUAAGCGGUGCGGCCAGUCAGAGACUACAAGUACAAAGUAACAAUACGGUCACGUCAAAUGAAAAUGCAUCCAUUGUACCGAACACUUCUAUGAGCCAGACGAUAUCGACAUUUCCAUAUACGGUCCAAGAUCUGGUAACUAAUACUAACAUAAAGUCGACUCUGAAAAAUUCCAAUAGCUCUGUAUCCCAAAACUCGUUGACAGCAUCGACUGUGGUCUGUUCGACAUCCAACAGUCAAAUGUCUCCUAUGCCUCAAUUUGUCAUAGAAACACCGUCGAUGAGCAUAUAUUCCAUACCCACGUCUUUGAAAAGUAACUGCAGUAACGUGAGUCAAGCUGCAACCGCUGUAACGAUCACGUCGACGGCAUCGAUCACAUCAACGGCGACGUCGAAAUCGGCGUCAACACCGACGCCAACAUCAACCUCAACUCCAUGUCCAGAUGCGAUCCCCAUAUCUCUGAUGAAGCAGACUUUGCGCAAGCAAGAAGCGACCGCCAAGGGCAGCAAUCUGAAUGAAAUUUGCGCGAAAAUCGGCUCGAACACGACAGGCUCGAAAAUCAACGAUAUUUGCGCAAAGAUAGGGGAGAAUUCGAAAGAAAAGAACAGGGUAGAAGCGCGAAAUAAGUCGGACAUACCGGACCUGCUUAAGAUAGCGAAGAAAACGCCGUUGUCUAAUUCGGAAACUAUGAAGCAUAUACCGAAUAUUCCCAACGUCCCGAUUUACACACCGAGUACUAAUACAACGGCGGUGGAAAGUAAAAGCGCUAAGGUCGCAUUGCCGACAUCGACGUCCGCCGUGCCUACGUCAUCAGUGUCGGCAUCUCAUGUGAGAAUAACUCACAAGAGAUCGACCCACACAAUCGGCUACAAGACGCUACGCGACCCGCCCAAGACUUGGAAUCCGACAUUGUCGAAGAACAACUACGUGGCAGUGAAAAAUCAAGCGAAAGAGUUGCAGAAUCAAAGUCAGGCGUCCGAAGGCACAAGCAAGCAGAUUCCAUCAAAGCCGGCCAAGAUCUUCAAGAUGAGAAACACACCGCGAUACUUGGGCAAUCCCGCGUCAGGUGUGAAACCGAUGUAUGGUGUCACGAACGAGACGAAAGAGAAGGAACAGUCGACGACGAAUACGAAAAGUGCCACUCUCAACAUGAUGAAGAUCGAUCCCAAGACCUUGUCGCCUAUCGUUUCCACGGUCAAUUCACCGAUCGUCUCACCACCGCCUUAUUCGUUGAAUGCCCGGAGUUACCAGAACACUCCGUUUUCGCGGGACAUCUGCCGGAGCACUGGCUCACCCAUAUCGCCAAGAAAUUCACCAGUAAACAUGUUGUCGACCAAUCCGUUUAUACCGUCUCCUACACCCAACACGAAUCCUCGAAUCAUAUAUUCUCACUUUCCUCCACCUUUUCCAGACGCCAGUCGGUUCCCGAACCCUUUAAUACGGUCGCCUAUCGGUAUCCCGCCUCCCAGUGCCUUCCACAGUAGUUUACCACCUUCGAUCAACAAGCUAUAUCAACGAUCGAGCUACAUACCGCAAACUACCGGUUACUCGCCGGUGACUGGCCAGCCACCGGCGGUGCAGAGAAUACCGCCGAGCACUCAUUCGUCGUCACCGAAAUCGCCCAAAGCUUCGUCGCCAAGCUCGAUUUCGUCCACAUCGUUCAAUCUAGGGAAAACUGAGCCGCAGUCGCCGGCUACAUCAACAGUGAAUAGCGUGGCACUGCUCCUGUCGAAGAGCGUGCCUGUGUCAGUUCCUGUGCCCGUGCCGAUGUCUGUAGCCAUGCCCGUUUCCAUAUCACCUCAACGAGAACUCAACGCGUUUAACCUAUCCAAGACUGGCAGUUUGACCAGCGGCGCUUCCAACAACGUGAAGAUGGACACAAGCGACGUUCAGGAAAACAAGCAGAAUUCCUCGUCGGUAUCGCUCAAUCCCUCGGCUACGAAUGUUGAGGUGUCCGAGAAUUCCAGCUUGCAGAGUAACGCGGAAAAGAAACAAUGUAAGGACACGGACACACAGGCGCAAAAGGCGCAGGAUGCUGCGCGAAGUAAAGAAGAGAGCGGGCAAGCUUCCAAGCUGAAGACUGUUGACAGUGCAAAUUCAGCCGACAAGAAAGAGAAAAACCAAACGACCAAAGUCAAUGGUGACGUUACGACGGAACAAUUCAACACUAAGAAAUCUAAGGAGUACAAUAACGAUGAGACGACGAAGACGACAACAUCUAUGCAAGAAACGACCGAACGAGAUAAUCAAGUGGAGCGCUCCUCACCACGAGAACGAAAUAGUAUUCAAAAGAGCAACGCUCAAGCCGCUGUCAACGAUUCAUCAGCGAACGACUCCAAGGCUGAAGAUCUCGGCAAGACCAGCGAGCAGAUACAGGGCAAAAAGUCUGAGGCGCAAAGAAACAAGGCAGAGACGUAAUCGCGAAUCGUUCUUAGAUAAAUGAAAGUUACAUGA